AACACUCUUAAAUGGUAUACAUGUAUAGUGAUAAAUUACAAGAAAUCAGACGUUGUUGAGUUGAUGUUAGUAAAGGAAUUAAGAGAGUAUUUGAGGGUAGAUUAGCAGACUUGGUAAACACUUUCGGUUAAACCUGUAGGCUUCUGGGGUAUAGGCUACAAGAAAGGUCAGUUGUAUGCCUCAUAAAUUGCGAAAUUAUCACCCAUCAAAGUGUAAACUUACUACAGUCACGUCUGGAUUACUGAGAGUUCCAAGUCUGCAAUAAUCUUGGAGGAUUUAACAUCAUUCAAGAUGAAUUGGGUGGAAUUAAUGGAAGCAAGUGAUAAUGGUGUCGCUUUCCUAAUAUCUAAACUGGAUAAAAAUGGACAUUUUACGUUACCAGAGGCUAAAAGUGACAUGGGAACUCAUUACAAGCUUCCAAUGUUAUUUCUCCUUACUGGUCAUGGAAAAUUAGCCAAUCAAGUGUUGGAUGACAUCAAGGCACGGUUCAUGAUUGACAACGGUGACUUCGUAACCUUCAAGGAGCCCGAUGGGAAAGAUUGGAAAACUGCGAAUGGGGCUUUGGCUCAUUUCUGGUCCUACAUGAACGGUUGGGUAGCGAUAGCUGCUCAGAGAAUCGGCCGAUUUGAUAUCGCUUAUCCUGCCUACAAGUAUUUGAACACUUUCUACAAUCCAGUGCUAAAGAGUGUGAACUGCUCGGAACCAUUCUCUGUGGACACUCCAGGACAGGAAAUCGAGAUUCUAAUGUGUUCUCAUCUUGGUAUUGCUGCUCUUUACUUUGGAAAUUUGGAACUGGCGGAAACUUUGGGAAAUUCGAUCGACACUUUCAUACAGCGACAACCAGACAUAAAAUUGGAAUUCCUUUGCAGGAUGUCAAGUGCCAACAAGGACUUUGUAAAGGAAGGACCAGAGGAGUUACGCCCCUUUUACAGUGUAAAAACGAACGAUCCAAAUCAGCUGUAUUUCUUGCUCGGAUAUCCAGUUAUCUUUUUAUUUAAACUUUACCAAGCAACUGGGUGUCGACAACAUUUGGACAAUUGUUGCAAAAUUUUAGACUUUUUGCAUGAUUGCGAUGAAAGCAUUUACAGUUUUCACUUCAGUCACAAGGUUUCUUAUGCUGCUGCACUUGUUUAUAAAGCAACUAGUAACAAAAAGUAUCUCAAGAUGUGUCAAAAAAUCGUUAAAUAUUUGAUUAGCAUUCAGAGUCCAGAUGGCGAUUUUCUGUCCACAGAAGCAGUUUUGGACAAUUAUGACCAAACAGCUGAAAUAGCUCUAUGGCUGAGGGAAAUUGCUGUUGAACUACGAGGAAUGGAUUAGCCUAUAUUCACUGACUGUGUGCCAACUGAGGCACCAUAUCCUACUCCCUACUACAGGGGGUCGUAGUAGUCAUAACAGAUAUUAGUCUAAUAUUACACUCAGUGUAGCAACAUUUGUAUAUUUGUACCUGGAAGUCCUGGAGCAUUCAAAAAUGAUCACUGAAGGCGUGCGAAACAGACGCAGUUCUAUUAGGCGCCAGCACUGUGGUCCAGCGCUUAAUCUCAGGCGAUCUAAUCAUUUCCCUCAAUUUUCUUUGAAAUCCAUUGCUUAUUGCACAAUUACAAUCAUUAUUAAAGUCUUUUCUUUUC